GCUGGAGUGUGGAACACUGUAGAAGUCCCUUCACAGAAGAACCUGAAGGCAAACGGGGAUGAGGGACGUGAUGUGGAUUUGUGUUGCAGUUAUCCUCUUAGUGUCUAAAGUUUGGAGCCUUGAUUCAGGUAUCCAAAAUGUAACUUUCAACCUGGGGAGUGAUGCCAAUCUGACAUGCAGUGAUAAAUCCUGGAAUGAGACCAUAUAUGUUAUUUGGACCAUCCAGCUGAAACACAGAACCUGUAAAAUAGCCUGGAAGUAUGGUGUUCCAGACAUGAACAACUGCAGUGAUGGAAAGUCCCUUGGAAAAAACUCCAAGGCUCAGUUUUAUCUGAGCAUCCCAAACUUUUCAACUGAAGACGUGGGGAUUUACAAAUGUGAGUCAGUUUUUUCCGGGGGAAACAAAAAUGAUGCAUUCAACGUGACAAUCACAGUUCCCCCUGAGACGUCAGCCUGGUUGGAGCAUAGGGUCAACAAGAUGGUGGCUGUCUGCAAAGCCGAAAGGGGAAGACCGGCAGCCAAUAUCAGCUGGAGUCUUCAGGGAAAUGCACCGUUUGUAACAACCCACCAUGAUUCAGAUGGAUUUAUUUCAGUGGAGAGUCAUCUGGAGCUCACAGAGGGUGUGGAUGCAGAGAACCUGACCUGUGUGAUCAGGCACCCAUACUGGAAACAAGAGAGGAUUCUGGAGCCAGAGCUCAAAGAAGGUUAUUUUCUCUGGCUGCUCAUCCUUAUUGGUGUUGUAGUUGUUGUCGUUUUGGUGGGAUUAGUAUUUCUUGCACACAAGAAAAUAAUGAUAUUGAGGCGUUGCGAGCAGUCUGAAAUAUCAUUCUCCAAAUCUCCACCGACAGAGGAUGUGGAGGAAGUGGAGCCCUAUGCCAGCUACGUUCAACGAGAGAACUCUAUCUAUAACUGAGUUGCAGUUUUUUUGCAUCUUUCUCUCAGCCCCUCCAAACUUUUUUUCUCUCUCUCUCUCUCUCUCUCUCUCUUACACCCACAUACGCACAAGGCGCUUUUUGAGAAAGUGAAGGCCAAGUUACGGUUUGUGACAGAGGAUUGAGAUGAAAGACACAGAAGCGUCGCACUUGACUGAUGGAACCCUGUGUCACAUAUACUUGCUCCCAUUAGCAAUCUUUGCGGCCCUCUACUUUGUGUGUGGGUCUCAUGGAAAACAUUAUCAGUCAUAAAUAAACUACAAACACAACGACUUAGUUGGAAAGAGUAUGUCAGAUGCCAGAUGCAACAUGUCUCAACUACAGAACUAUGGACUGUUAUUGUUGCUGGUGAAAUUCAUGGCCCAUAUUUAGGUAUGACAUGGAUAAAGUAGAAUAUAUAAUAUAGUAGAUAUUAGUAGUCGUAGUAAUUCAGUGAUACAACUGCCUCAGGAUAAUGUGGACAACUUUAUGUUAAGAUGUCAUGUAUUAUUAUGUAAUUACAUAUAUUAAAACUAUGUCUA